AUGAUUAUUCCAGUUCGUUGUUUCUCUUGCGGGAAGGUAAAUUACAUUAAACACUUUGCGCCAGAGUCAUGCGCUGACCGCUAGAACAGGUUACCGGAGAUAUCUGGGAGCGAUAUGUCAAGCUCAUUGACGAGGGAGUCAACGACGGGUUAGCCACAAUACUACGCAGUUCCUUCCUCUUCAUAUAUUAACUUGUUAUCAUAGUGAUGCAAUGGACGAGCUCACCCUUAAGAGAUAUUGCUGCCGUCGUAUGAUCAUGACCCACGUCGACCUUAUCGAAAAACUUCUCAGGUACGCAGCAUCGUCCCCAUUGUGGCAAAGAAACAGAGGGAUAGAAUAGAGUUUUGCGCUUUUCUCAUUUACUGACUAAGUUGCUAGAUACAAUCCUGCGGAACGAGAUGCGAAAAAGGCCGCUUUGAACAGUUAAGCUAAAUUGACCAAACUACCUUCUACUCGUAUACACCCCGAUUCCGAAUUGAUGUUUGAUCACCAUGAAGCUCAAUUGGAAGAAGCGCGAUAUGCGAUUUGACGAUAUUAUGGUAGACAAGUAGAUAAGGAAGCAGAUGGUAUAGGCGUUGAUUGGAGGUUAAAUCCAAAUACUGCAGAUUUUGGCGUGGGCGUUUUCAGGACUACAUCCAACGGUGCUUGGUGUGGUGGUCUUUUACGAGCGGUGCUACUUUUCUACACGGAGAAAUGGGAGAUAGUAUUCGGGAUGCGCAAAAUCAAGGAUCAUCUCUAACAUAUCCAACAAAUUACAAAGUGAUGCAUUGUUGUUUGUUUUGGGAAUCCUAUCAG